AUGAAAAUCAGAAUUGGGAAUGGUAGACGUGCCUCGCUUUGGUAUGAUAAUUGGCAUCCUCUUGGCUCUUUAGAAAAGAUUCUUGGAGAGAGGAUCAUUUGUGAAUCCAGAUUGAGUAGACCAGCUAAAGUGGCUGAUAUUGUGGAGGGUGACACUUGGAGAUGGCCAUCAGUUCGCUCCCCAGCUUUGUCUGAUUUGAUGCGAGAUAAGCUUGAUACUUUUCGGCCGGACAGUAAUAAAGAGGAUGUAUUGCGAUGGGAGGAUGAUACACGUGGAGUCUUCUCUGUUCGGAGUGCUUGGGAGUCUCUUCGACUUCGCUGCCCUAGGGUGACUUGGUAUCACAUUGUAUGGUUCCCUAAAUGUAUUCCUAGACAUGUAUUUAUCCUUUGGUUAGCAAUUCAAGGUGGCAUCUAUACACAGACAAAGCUUCUUAGCUUUGGUUUGGUACAUUCUAUGCGUUGUGUGCUAUGUGGAUGUUCAGUGGAGGAUCUGGAUCAUCUUUUCUUUGCUUGCCCAUUUUUUGAGCGUGUUUGGAAUGCUCUGCAUGCGAAGUGUAACUUGCCUUGGGUCCAACGGAAUUGGCUAGACACUCUUUCUUGGAUGGAACAAUUUCGAGGGAGGUCAAUGUCCUCCAUUGUUAUUCGGUUAAUGUUUGCAGCUUCGAUUUAUGCUAUUUGGCGUGAACGUAAUGCUAGGUCCCUUGGAGAGGCUCCUAAAAAUGAGACUACUGUUAUUCAAGAUAUUGUUUUUACUCUUUGUGCACGAGUGAAUUUGUGCAGGAGCUUGGUUCCAUGUAAUGAAAAUAGAUGGCUCCAAUGCUCUUGGGGGUUUUCUACAAAUAUUUUUUGUUCUCGUGAUUAG